GGAUAGCGUUGUUUUGAAAAAUUUCACCAAUUUCAGUCCUUUGCAGCGCGUUGCUAAACUGAGAUUUUCCUAUUUAUUUAUUUUUUAUUUGUCUGCGUUUACACAACUUUGCCUAGGGCCAAUUAUGGCCCAACUUGGCCCUAUUUAUUUUCUUAAAAGUAAAAAAUGCUUUCUGUGCAGAGAAAUUUUGAAAGAAAACGGCUGUGACGUUCGAUCUUUGGGACAUCUGUUGAGAACAUUUAGCCAUUUGCUGACUGACAAGACGAAUGAUGGAACGGAACCUGGGGUGCAGAUUUGUUCCAGUUGCUACGAGCAGCUUAAAGCUUCCAUUAGUUUUAUCCAGUCGGUGACCGAAAAGCAGGACCGUUUGAUGAAACUUCUCGACGAUCAAGAGUACGAUAUCGAGGCACAAAUUGAGCUGCACGGCCUGAUAACUGCUUGUCGUUUGUGUCUUAAUAAGAACGGCAAUGUUUCAACUGCCCCGACUAAAUUGGAAGAGAUAGAAAAACAGCUGGAUUGUGUGUUCAGGAUAAAAAUUAUCGACCAUAGAAAGUUAUCCAAGUCAGUAUGCUCGGUUUGUUUCGAAACAAUUGAGUCAUUCGACAAUUUUAUGUUUAUGGUUUGUGAGAAACACAAAAACCGGAACUCACCUGCUUCAGAACACGACUCAAACGAUGGUCAACUCGAAUGCGUUGACCUAUUGGACUCCGAUUCGGACGAUUUGGUUGAAAACAACAAAAUUGAAAAUCGUUCAACAUUGAACAUUAGCAAGAAAAGUAAAAACCAAACAAUUCCCAAGACUGCAGAUUCCCAGGUGAUAGUCAUUGAUUCAGAAAGCGACUCUGAGAGCCAAAUUGUUGAAGUCUUCAAUGGAAAUGCGGAUAUAUAUCAAUGCUACCAUUGCAAACAAUUGUUCGAACAAGAAUUAUUGUUCGUCAGACAUGAAUGUUCUAAACUAAAUGGUGGAUUGCCUUCAGCUCAAAACUCUUCCGAAAAAACUGCUCCUAAACCAACCGUCCCGGCCAGUAAAAAACCUACGAAUCAAACCCCACCACCGCCACUAUGUCAGUCAUCAAAUGGACAAAAAAUCGAAAUAACCUGCAAAUGUUCUAAAUGUAAGAGAAGGAUUUUCGAGGCUAAAAAUAAGUGCAUAGAGUCGGAACAAAACCCUUCCACAACCGAAAGUCCCAAAACGAAAAACUCCUCUUCCAGCGAGCCCCAAAGUCCCAAAACAAAAAACCCUUCCAUAAGCGAACCGCCCCAAACCUGUACCUUCCAAUGCAAGGAAUGCAUCAGGGAGUUUCCCAGUCGGUCUUUUCUGUUGGCACACAUGGUUGUUAGCCAUACCCGGAGGAAAUAUCCGUGCGAUCAGUGCGGUCUCCGCUUCCUAACCAACGGCAGUUUGAAGCAUCAUCAUCAAACCAUUCACACGGAGAAACGGUACACGUGUUACCGUUGCAGGGCUAAAUUUCCCAUAUCAUUGUUACUUCAAAGGCAUAUGGCAGAGAAGCACGACGUAGUGUCCAGUCCAGUUCCAGGAAUUAACAAAAACGCUACAGCUUCCGAACAGGAGCAGGAUUCAUGCAGAGUUACACGUUCGAAAGGAGGAGCAGGAGAACACAAUCUGGAGCCGGUGAAUCCGCUUUGACAUGUUGCCGAAGUUUGUAUUUAUUUUAAGUUAUAUCUUCUAAUGAAAUUUAACAAUUUAUUAUGUUACUUAUCAUUUAUUUUUCUCGCGAUUGUGGCAGGAAAAAAGGCAUUUUUGUUCAGUGAUGUUUAGAAAUAAAACAGCCAGAGU